CAAAUCGGCUUGUAUAAAGGACCAUGAACACAGCCUAGUAGGUCACGGCUCUGAUCCUGGUGUAGUGAGAGGCAAUUCAUGUUCUAUUUCGUGGCAACGUCAUUAGUCUCAUUGCUACCAGAUCGGAGUAGUAGUAUCAAAUACAUAGCCGUCUCAUACAUAUUCCAAUUCACAAUCUCACGGAACCAACUCGGCGUCCGUUCCCAUCACGCGAAUCAAAGCACAUGCUCUGGCACCGAACUCAAGACGUACCGCAGGUCAUUACGAGUCGUUCGUUUCAAACAAUUUUGCUCUAGACUCAGCAGCGCAUGACAAGACGUAACCCCAUGGCCAUUCCUUCGUAAAGGUGCUUGUCUAUUCGCAUCGCCGAAUUUUUCAUCGAACGCCAAAGCCCAAUGCAAAAGAAAAG